AUGGCCAGGAACAUGUCGAAUAUGCCCAUGAUGCAGCCGCGUCAAGAGCUGACUCCUCGGCCCAAGUUGAAGGCUCCGGAUGUGUUCGACGGUACAAGCGCCCAAAAGUUGGAUCCCUUCCUCGUCCAGUGCAUGAUGUAUAUUUCGCUCCGGCCCCACGAGUUCACCACCGAAGACUCCAAGGUCAGCUUCAUUAUGUCAUACCUAUCCGGCUCCCCCUACAACUGGUUCCAAUCACAAAUCACUGCCGCCCUCAAAACCGGUAUGACCCAGCCGCUUCCGUGGCUUUCAGAUGUUGCGCUCUUCAUUCAGGAGCUCAAGCAACUUUUCGGCCCACGAGAUCCAGUUGCGGAUGCCUAUGCGGGUCGCACAGGAUGGAACGAACGAGCCCUUUAUCAUCAGUACUACAAAGGACUUCCGAACCGGAUCAAGGACGAAUUUCCUCGUAUGGGCAAGCCAACCACCCUCAUUAGUUUGCAGCGAACCGCCCAAGAACUCGAUCAUCGCUAUUGGGAGCGCCAAAACGAGAUCAAUCGCGAAAAGCGCAAAGACAACGCCAACAGCAAGUCCGGCACCAGCAACAACAACAGCAGCAACAACUCCGGCUCAUCAAACUCCAAAGGCAACUCAGCCGGGUCGUCUUCCGGCUCCGGCUCUUCGAACUCCAAGUCCGGCUCCAACUCCAGCAACAACAGCAAGGAUAAGGAUAAGUCAAAAUCCAAAGGCUCUUCUUCGGAUAAGCUGAAUCCUCUGGCUGACAAGUUGGGUGCCGAUGGAAAGCUCAAGCCCAGGAACGUGAACACCGGCUCAAGGGAGGCCUCUGCCUCUUCUGCGGCAAAGCUGGCCAUGUUGCUUCCGACUGUCGCAAGUGUAACUCCGCCAAAGGUCGCGCCUCGUCUACUACGGCCGCUCCUCCUUACACCGCUUCCGCACCUGCCGCUCCAGCUCAAAAGAGUAAGCAGCCCUCCGCCUUCAGCAUUGCCAGAGGGUUGCGGUUGCUCUCGCGAUGUCCCCAAAGAAGUUCGCCUUAAUGCCACAGCACUAUCCAACCCCAACUCCCUCACACUCCCUGUUACAUUACACUCACGAUCUACAGUUCCUGCCACCAGCUUGGUAGAUUCUGGCUCCACUCAUUGUUUCAUUGACACUAAUUUCGUAUCUAUACAUAAUGUCUCCACUUAUGAUAUACCUCCUUUAGCCUUACGCCUCCUUGAUGGGACUGUUAACACUUGGAUAACCCAAGCUGCCGACAUCCCUAUCCGAUAUCCGACUGGCGACAUUCUCUCCUCAACCUUCUUUGUCACUAAACUGGAUUCUUCAUGUGCCCUAGUGUUUGGAUACAAUUGGCUGCAUAAUUACAAUCUGUUGAUUGACUGGACUGCAGGCCUUUUACAUUCUUUCCAACGUCUUCCGCAAUCCGAGGCUCUGCCGAGUCUAUCAGGCCGUUCAGCUUCCGUCUUACCGCCCACUCCAGUCGUUGCCAAGUCACUUCCAGUCCCUCCUAUUCCUCCUAUCCCGCCUACUCCUUCCCUUCCUUAUGAACCUUCUCCCAAACCAUCCACUCCCUUGCCUCACGUUUCCCUCAUCAACGCAGUCGCCUUCGCACGCGCCUGCCGUCUUCCGGGGUCAGUCUCGUUCCAACUGGCCCUAUCCGGCGACGGUUCGGUCUUGGCUCGCUCUUCGGCUACCAACAACCCGGAACCCGUCGACCUCUCUUCCGUCCCAGAAGACUACCACGAAUUCCCAGACAUGUUCAGCAAAUCCAAGGCUGACACCCUCGCACCUCAUCGUCCCUAUGACCUCAAGAUCGACCUUGAGGAAGGUGCCGAGCCGCCCCUCAGCUGGAUGUAUUCUCUCUCCCCUACCGAACUUCAAGCCUUGCAAGAGUUCCUGGAAGAGAAUACUCGAUCCAAGUUCAUCCGACCAUCCAACUCGUCUCAUGGAGCCCCUAUCCUCUUUGUUCGGAAGAAGGAUGGCUCUCUUCAGCUCUGUGUUGACUACUGCAGCCUUAACAAAGUCACCAAGAAGGACCGCUAUCCCCUCCUGCUCAUCUCCGACCUGUUGGACGCUCCUGGCAAAGCCAAGGUUUUCACCAAGAUUGACCUUCGGCACACCUACCACCUGGUCAGAAUCGCAGAUGGCGACAAAUGGAAAACCAUGUUCUGGACCCACUACGGCUCGUUCGAAUGGAGGGUUAUGCCAUUCAGCUUAUCCAACACUCCGGCUGCUUUCCAGCGAUUCAUGAACAACAUCUUCUCGGAUCUCAUCAAUAUUUCGGUUAUCAUCUACCUGGAUGACAUUCUCAUUUACUCUUCAGAUCUCGCCUCGCACAAGGAACAUGUCAAGGAACAUGUCAAGGAAGUGCUCCUACGUCUUCAGAAGCAUGGACUUUAUGCCUGGCCUGACAAGUGCGAAUGGCACGCUGAUCGUGUUGAGUACCUCGGCUAUAUUCUUUUGGCUGAUGGUCUCUCCAUGGUGGCAGACAAGGUCAAGAUCAUCCAGGACUGGCCCGAGCCACGGAAAGUCAAGGACAUUCAGUCCUUCCUCGGCUUCGCCAAUUUUUAUAGACGGUUCAUUUACAAUUAUUCCGACAUCUGCGUUCCUCUCACCUGGCUCACUCGGAAAGGUGUUCCCUUCAAGUUUUCUGAUGAAGCCUGGGAAUCGUUCAACUACCUCAAGAAAGCCUUCACUACGGCUCCUGUCCUCACCCAAUGGAUUCCAGAUCGGCCCAUCAUCCUCGAAACCGAUGCUUCCGACUAUGCCCUCACUGCUAUCCUCUCUAUCGAGCUGACCAAUGGAGAAAUCCACCCGGUUGCUUUCCACUCCCGUACAUUCAAUCCAACCGAAUUCAACUAUGACGUCCACGACAAGGAACUUUUUGCGAUCUAUGAAUCGUUCUGGAUCUGGUGGCACUACCUGGAAGGCUCCGGCACUCCCAUCGAUGUUGUUACUGACCACAAGAAUCUUGAGUAUUUCGCUACCACGAAACUCUUGAACCGUCGGCAGGCACGUUGGUCCGAGUACCUAAGUCAGUUCAACCUCAUCGUUCGCUUCUGA